AUGGCCUCUCGAGUUGUCACGCCCGACACGGCCUCGUUGUCGUCGGCCCACCGCUCCCAACCCUCGCUCCACGGCCGACCCAACACCCAAGUCUUCACACUCGACACCUUUAGCAGUGCGGAUUUUAUCGUCAAGGAUUUCGUGGAAUCUCUCUCCGACGCCGCCGCCCCCGCCCGUCGUUCCGCUCCAGCUAAUGCGGGCUCCCAUGUCUCCAACACUGCCUCCUCCAGCCAGGCAUUCGACCCAAAACCCUUGAUCCGCACCUUUGAAUAUGCUCUGGCCCGAUUGAAGACUUUGAGUGAAGACUUACAGGAACGAGAGGACGAAUUAAGCGCGAGUGUGCGACGGGCCGAGGGACAGCACAAUUCAAACAUCAAAUCACGCGAGCAGGAACUCGAACGUGCCAUUGCUUCAUUUCGAAGAUUGGAACGGACGUUGGACGGAGACGGCGAUGGAGAGGCUGAUGAUGGCGGGAACGCGGCCAUGCGGAUCGGCGAGAGAUUGGAGGAAUUGGACCGACAGAGGCAGCGGGCGCAGGACGCCAAGUUCAUCUUGCAGUGCUGGGUCGAGGUCAGUGAGCGGGGAGAAUUGACGUCGUUGGAUGAUGUCAGGAAAAUGGGUGGAGGCGAGGGAAAGGUGAGAUGUGCGCAUAUCGCGAGGCAAUUGUUGAAGAUUUCCCAACGAUUAGAUUCCACGACAACAUCAGCAUCGGCAUCAUCCCCACACGACCACACUCCCAAGCUGAAUGGGAAUGGGAAUGGGAAUGGGAAUGGUCACGGAGGACCGUGGCAUCACACCAGGGAGAUUAUCGAGAAGUUCCUGGAAAUGCUGGAAAAGGACCUGCUCAAGUCGUUUGACGACUUUUACCGUCGACAAAAUUUUGAUGGCAUGCGGGAAUGUGCUUUGGCCUUGCAUGAUUUCAGUGAUGGCAACUCGGUCAUCUCCCUCUUUGUCAACCAGCAUCAGUUCUUCAUCGAUCGAUCCCAGCUCGUGACGGAAGAAUUGACCUCUGACAAUGAUGCCUGGGAACGACUGGCAGAUCCGGAUACCGAGCCGCCUGGUGUGGAACCCUCCCUCCAAUCCCUUGUUGAUGAGGUCAAGGUCGUGGUGCAAGAGGAAUCCUUCAUCAUCAAACGUGCAUUUCCAUUUGAGAACGAAGUCCUUGCCCGCUUCCUCCAACGAGUCUUUCAACAAUCUAUUCAGCAACGCCUGGAAAUGGUCCUCAACAAGGCAGAUGAUGUCUCGUCACUGGCCUUCCUCCGCUCUCUCCAGGCAUCUCGCUCCUACAUCGCCUUGCUGGUCGAGGACCUCAAAACUCAUGGCUUGACUGAACACCCCGACCCGUGCACACCCUCCAUAGCUGCCGUCCUCGACCAACAACUCGACGAACUCUACAUCCCCUACUUUACAGGCACGUCGUACAUUGAACGUGAGAAGCGAUCUCUAUCAGAACUCUUCGAAGGCCUCCUCUUCAAGUUCGCCCUCUAUCACUCCCGGAGGAGAAGAGUCCAAAUCCACUCCAACUCAUACCUCUCCGCCAUCUCCGCCCGUAGCAAAGAAUUCCUCUCCAGUGCAAGAGAUGCCUACAUGGAACGUCUCGACAGCGCGGACCUUCAACCCGGUCAAAAAGCCACCCUCCUCCGCGUGGCCGGCUUGGGAAAGGAAAAAGACGCCACGCCGGGAGCAUCAUCAGCAGAUGUAGUGACCGACGAAGACGGCCAGCUCAGUCUCCCAUUCACCAAGCGAAUGCUCAAAUGGCUGGCCGAAGCGGUGGGAAGAAGUUUAGAGCUCUCGACCAGUCUGGAAACACCCAAGGAGAUUCGAGAAUUACUACACCUCCUCCUCUCCAAUGUGGGAGAAAUCUACCUCGAAACUGCAUUAGAUGCUGCCACAGACGCCGCCACUUCCGCAGAACAGUCCUCCAAAUCCGAACCCGAUUUGUCAUACAUCACCGACCUCCGCGCAGCGAUCAGCGUGCUGCACCUCAUUCAAACGACAUGCACAUUGCUUCUCCUCCCUCUUGCCGCCACAAACCGUAGUCUUCAUCGAGAUCUCACCAAGCAGUCGGAGAGUUUCGUGGAGAGAAUGGAAAGCAAAAUCGACGGAAUUCUUCAAAAGACUCUAGACGCGGCACUAUUGUGGACGGCAAAACUAUUGGCCACGCAAAAGAAGACGGAUUUCCGACCCAAAGACGAGACGGCGUUGCAAUUGGAUCAAUUACAAACAGGGACUUGUCAGGCCGUCUACGCCUUUCUGUCCCGAUUGCACUCCCGUCUCUCAUCGACUCUCUCCGGCCGAGUGCUCGAGCAAGUUUCCUUGGAACUCGCCAUUGGAUUCCGAACCCUCCUUCUGCAACACUUUAAAUCUUUCCAAGUCAGUUUGACGGGAGCGUUGGUGGUGUCCAAAGACAUGACGCUGUAUAUUGAAUUGUUGAAGAGUUGGGAUGUGGGAGGGGAGGAAGGAUUUGAAGGGAGUUUGGAAGUGUUGACGGAAGUCGCGAAUGUGUUCGUGUUGGGGAGUGAGGCGCUGAGGGACCGGAUCAUGACGCAGGGCGGGAAAGGAUGGAGUGGAGGCGAUUUGAGGGCGUAUGUUUUGAGGAGGGAGGAUAGUGGGAGUGUUGGGGUGUUGAGUUUGUUGGGAGGGCUGUAG